UACACACUCAAUUGACAUUUUAUACGCACGUGUCCCGUUAACUGACAUUGACAUUUUUAGUGAAAAAUUGACGUUAGUAAACGUCGUUUAUAAACGUGAAUUUGUUAAUAGGAAAGAAUAAUGGGAACUGAAAAAAUUGAAAACCCUCAAUCAGAAUCAACCCAAAAUAAAACUCCUCAAUCGGAUCCGUUGCAACCCUUCACUCUUGAAAUUCUAAAACUAAUUAAAGAUAUUCAACAGCAGCAUGGUCUCAGACAUGGAGAUUACCAACGUUAUAGGGGUUAUUGCUCUAGAAGGAUCAGUAGGUUGCGGAAAGUUUUAAAAAUACCUCAAGGUGAUAGGAGGCACUUCAAAAAACGAGAUGUCACUGAAGCCCAUAUAAUAAGUCCUCGAUCAGAUGAAAGGUUUUUACACAUCCCAUUAAUACUAGCAGAGAGGUGUUGGGCAUAUGCGAUGCAGUUGAGACAGGAAUCCAAUACUGAACCCAGAAAGAAGUUCCACUUAGUUCAGAAGAUGAGAAAAGCUUGUGUGUAUGCAAUUCAGUUAGAUGAGCUUUGUAAGCAAGAAAGGUGUGACGCCCGUACUAAACUGGAAGCCCAAGCAUAUCUUGCUUGGAUACAAGGUAGCUUGCAAUUUGAGCUCCAAUUAUGGCAACAAGCAGUUGAGAAUCUUAAAAAAGCUCAAGUAAUUUAUGAAAAAAUAGCUUCUACACUGCCUGAGGAAGAACAGCUACCAUACAAACAAAGAGUAGAAGAAAUUAGUCCCAGCCUACGUUACUGUGCUUAUAAUAUUGGAGAUGAGAAAGCAGUAGAUCUGCUAGAACUUCGUACUCAAGGUGUACUGGAGAACUUUGAUGCACUCGUAUCUCAGAAUAAAGAAAAAACUGAAGAUGUAUUAUAUGAGAUAAAAUGGUUCAACCUCAUUAUUCCAGUGAGAAUAGAAAAAAUUAGAUUAUUCCUUGUAAGCAUUGAAGGCUUGAAAGAUUCUCUGAUACAUGCUGAAGACAAUCAGGGUAAAAUUAAGAUUCUAGAAAACUUAUUUAUAGAUUUGAGGGACAUUAUAACUCUUGCAAGGGAUAGCAGUCGUGCUGAAAAACUAACAGCGAAACAAACUAAGGAAUAUCAACAACUAUUGGCCUAUUUGCUUUCAAUUCGUAUUGAACGUACAUCACAUAGGAAUGCUUUACUGAUUUUACAGACAAGGAAGCCACAGGAUUGUGUUCGCCUUUUGGAUAUAAAUAUCCAACAGACUACUGAAUUAUCCCAAAAUGAAGCGAUUAAAGACAAUGAAGAGGUGCAGAAAUAUUAUGACUUACAAGUUAAAGCUUAUAAAACACUUAGAUUCUUCUAUUUGGCCAAAUCGCAGGUAGCACAGAAACGUUGGAAAGAGGCUAUAGUGUUAUUCGAUUAUACUUUUAAAUCAGUACAAACAAUUAAUCAAGGUACAUUUGAGUCUGAAGUAAAAGAUCUUUUGCAAAGAGUUAAAGAAAAAUCAGAAAUUGAACUUGCAAUAGCUAAAGCAAAUUUGGUGCUGGAUCAGAAACCAGAAGAAAAUCUGAUUCAGUUUCCUCAAAGUCAGAAAAUAUACAAGAGUAAAAAACCACUGGUGGAAAGAUUGGAUGAAUUUAGAGAAGAAACCCAACUACUGUUGAAAAAUCCCAAUUUGGUCACUUUGCCUCCUGCUAUGGAACCAGUGCCUGCUAAACCAUUCUUUUUCGAUUUAGCAUUAAACUUUGUAGAAUUUCCUGAUCUCAGCGAGAAACUGGAUGAUGGAAAAUCUAAACAGAAACAAGGGGCUGGUAUUUCUGGAUUUGUUAAAGGACUUUGGGGGUGGGGAAAAUAAGUUAAAAAAUAAAUAUGUGGUUAUAUAAAAUCAUUUUCAUAUUGUUGGGUAUUAAAUUUAAUAUAACACA